AAGCCACGGCCAAACGCGCUUUGUCUACUCUUCAAUCUCUUUUCUUUGCUUUUUUUUGUUUCCUACCCUUUUCUUCCGAAUUUCAUUUCUUAAAGAGCAAUGGCGGAAUCAAAGACAAAAAUGGCAGAGAUAAGGGAAUGGAUCGUAGAACACAAGCUUCGUACCGUAGGUUGUUUAUGGCUGAGUGGGAUCUCUGGUUCAAUCGCUUACAACUGGUCUAAACCUGGUAUGAAAACCAGUGUCCGAAUCAUCCACGCCAGGCUACACGCUCAGGCUCUGACAUUAGCCGCUCUGGCUGGAGCAGCUGCAGUUGAGUACUACGAUCACAAAACUGGAGCCACCGAUCGCUACCCCAAAUUUCUCAAGCCCGACAACUUGACUAAAGACUAAAAAAAAACUCUUUGUUAUAUCAUGCAUUGGCUGAUGCCUAUUCUGUUACUGUGGGCAUAUUGUUGCUAGUGACAUUUUUUCAUGUCCUUAAAUCUUUCUUUUAGUACUUUGAAAUUAAUUAACUGCUUGGGUUAUAUAAUCCCCACAAACUUGCAGAUUGUUUGCAAAAUACGGGAUGCAAAAAUGUAAGAGGUACUUGCAGAAAAUUAUAUGAAUAAAAUUCAACCUUCAUUCGGCUUAUGAGCUGAUUA